AACGUUUCUCUUAUUGUUUUGGGAGAUUUACUCGCGCGCGGAUUAAUUGCCCAGAAAAUAAUAAAAAGCAAACAGAAACACUGGCGGUCCGUCAACUAAUCACACCACUACUAAUCCAAAACCGAACUCAAAACUGAAAACCAUUCCGAAGCCGAAUAAAGUUUUUAUCGCGAGUUUCGACCUCGACGUGAAAGUUUCCACCGCUGCGUGCACUUGAUAUACACACGAAGUGUGCCAUGGCUGCGAAUGUGAAGAUUGUGGAGUCCAAGCUGGACAUUUUUCAGGCCCCGCAGACCCAUGCCCUGGCCCAUGCCGUGGAGUCAUCCUUUGUGGCGGAACGGGGAUCCUUGGCAUGGCAGUUUGCCCUGAUCUACGGGGAUGUGGAUGAGCUCAGGCAGAGGAGAGUUGCCAGGGGAAACUGCGCCGUGCUGGAGCAUAAUGCCCGAUUUAUAUACUAUCUGGUCACCAAAUCGAAUCUCUACGAGGUCAGCACCUAUGAUGAUGUCCAGGCGGCUUUGAUCUGUAUGCGGGAACAUAUGCGCAACCACGAGAUCACCAAAGUGGCCAUGCCCCGGAUCUGCUGCGGCAAAGAUGGCCUCGAGUGGAGGCAAGUAAAGCGCCUGGUGCAGCAAACCUUCUCCCAGAGCGAGUAUCCCAUCGAGAUACUCAUCUGUGAGCAUGAUGACAUGUCCAAGGAGCUCGCUGCGCCCAAGUGUCAGAUUACGGAGGCCAGGGGGAAUCUAUUCAGUGCCCCGGAAAACUAUGCAUUGGUGCACUCUGUCAGUGCGGAUUUCGCCAUGUGUGCGGGCAUUAACCUCCAGUUCCGCUGCAAAUUCGGCCAUGUGGAUGAGCUGAAGCGACAGAACCGACACACCGGAAAUGUGGCAGUUCUGGAACAGGAUGGUCGCUAUAUCUACAACUUGGUGACCAAGGAACGGAGCCACGAAAAGUGCACUUACACAGCUCUCUAUUAUGCCCUCUUGGCCAUGCGUGAACAUAUGAGGGAGCAUGGAGUAACCAAGUUGGCCAUUCCCCGACUGGGGUGCGGCAUCGAUCGCUUGGAUUGGUUGCGCGUGCGCAGUUUGCUGGAUCUGGUUUUCGCCGAGGACAAUGUGGACAUCAUUGCCUUCUUUUACACUCCGCCACAAAUGGUCAAGGACACUCUGAAUGUGGUGUGCCCCACCUGUCGUCACAUGAAGACCAUCCAUUUGCCAUCGAGAUCCGUCAGCGGAUCUAGGCAAUCCCUGCACCGCGAAAAGACCCCGUUUUAAUUGCGGGCAGAGACUCUGUAUAUAAAAAUCUUCGUAUGACAUUCGAAAUGGUUUUACUUGGGACUUGUGGCACCGAAUGCACCAAAAACUUAUAUAGCUGUUAAGAAUAUACACCUAAGAGCUUUCAUGCACGGAAAAUUUAUAUUUUUGGGUAUUUAUAUUGUAUUUAAAUUAAUAAACGAAACACGCCCUCGAGAGGGUAUUAACCAAA